CUUACAGCGCCAGGGACACCCAGCGCUGACCCGGUGAGAUGCUGCCUGCUACCUCCUGCGGGCAGGGGGGAGCACGGAGGGUCCGUGCCCCUUCCCGCACUCCCUGCCUGCCCUCUCGCUGCUGCAGUAAAACCCAUCUGCCCACACCGCCCGCCCACCUCUGCGGGGCUGGGGAGAAGGAGCUGGGAGCUGCCAUCGCUGGGGGCUGGUGGAGAUUUGGGAUGGUGGCAUGCGUCUGUGUCCCACAGAGGAUGGAGGCCAUCAAGAAGAAGAUGCAGAUGCUGAAGCUGGACAAGGAGAAUGCCCUGGACCGGGCGGAGCAGGCAGAGGCUGAGCAGAAGCAGGCAGAGGAGCGGAGCAAGCAGCUGGAGGAUGAGCUCGCCGCCAUGCAGAAGAAGCUGAAGGGGACGGAGGAUGAGCUGGACAAAUACUCUGAGGCCCUGAAAGAUGCCCAGGAGAAGUUGGAGCUGGCGGAGAAGAAGGCGGCAGACGCUGAGGCAGAAGUGGCAUCUUUGAAUCGCCGUAUCCAGCUGGUAGAAGAAGAGUUAGACCGAGCCCAGGAGCGCCUUGCCACAGCUCUGCAGAAGCUGGAAGAGGCAGAGAAGGCUGCAGAUGAAAGUGAAAGAGGCAUGAAAGUCAUUGAAAACAGAGCUCUGAAGGAUGAGGAGAAGAUGGAACUGCAGGAGAUCCAGCUCAAGGAAGCCAAGCACAUUGCAGAGGAGGCAGACAGGAAGUAUGAGGAGGUGGCUCGGAAACUGGUGAUCAUAGAAGGAGAUCUGGAACGUACUGAAGAGAGAGCUGAGCUUGCAGAGUCUCGUUGCCGGGAGCUGCAGGAGCAGAUCAGAGUGAUGGACCAGAACUUGAAGUGUCUGUCUGUUGCUGAAGAAAAGUACUCUCAAAAAGAGGAUAAAUAUGAAGAAGAGAUCAAGAUCCUGACUGAUAAACUCAAAGAGGCGGAGACCCGUGCUGAAUUUGCUGAACGGUCUGUAGCCAAGCUGGAGAAGACCAUUGAUGAUUUGGAAGAUGAGCUCUAUGCCCAGAAACUGAAGUACAAAGCAAUUAGUGAGGAACUGGACCACGCCUUGAAUGACAUGACUUCCAUUGCCCGAAGAGCCCUUCAUGAACAGAGUUUUGAUGAAAUGGGACACCUCCCGUGGUUUCCUCAGAGCGCCUGUACAGCCAGCUUGAGAAAAACCGCCUGCUCUCUAAUGAGCUGAAGUUAACGCUGCAUGAUCUGUGUGACUGAGAAGGGGGCCCACUAAUACCAUUAAACAAGCUUAUUGCGACCACCAAUGCUGUGGACCACAGUGAAAUCUGAUCUUUCUUAAGACUGGCAGACUUGCAAAUUUUAUGCAAUUGCUGCUAUUUAAUGGGGCACUCGAAUUUAUCCUUUAAUUUAUUUAAGAAUUCGUUGUUGUGGUUUUUUUUGGUUUUUUUUUUUUUUUAUAAAGGUAACCUCUGUUCUUUGUGAAGUAACCCUCAGACUUGGCUGGUUUUUGAGCAGUCUUGUUCACUUGUCCAGGGGGUCCUGCCUGGCUCCUCCAUGGAACCAGAAUGGCUGCACCCACCAAGAGAGGGGUGGGGUGAAGUUAGGCUUAUGUCUGCUAAAAGAUGCCUGUCAAGUGCUAUGACUUAAUUUACUGUUAGCUGAAUGACUGUAGGAUUUCCUGCUGCAUGGAAUGAUGGCUUCUAACAAUAAAUGACUGACCUUGUGGUCUGUAAGACACUGCGUACCUGUAGUACUUUCCUAUAUAGUUGAGUCCUAACCUAGAAGGUUUGGGGGAAGCAGUCAUUCCUGGGGCCUGACCCCAAUGCAGCUGCAGAGCCCCAGAAAAGGUUGGGAAAGCUCAUGGGCAUCUUGAAAGCAAGUCCCAAAAUCCACAGCAUGAAGCUGUGUCUUGAGUGCCUGCAGGCACAAAUCUCUAAAUGCUGCAGUUGCUAGUGCUCUAGGAAGGCUGCUUCUUGCUCUGUGCACAGUUUCUGACCCUGGGGAGGUUGGGGAGUGGCUUUGAGAAACUGCCUGUGCCUAAAGGACAUCUUUCUACAGCCUGUCUGUCCAGUGUCCCAGCGUGUGGAUCUCUUCAGUGAUAAGGAUGGGCUCACCUUUGGAGUAAAGCCUACCUAGAGCACUAGUUGCUGAUCUGAGCUCUCCUCCUGGCUUAAGGAACAUAUAAACUGAAAUCCACCAAAGAGGAGCAUCUCUGCACGCAAAGAAUGCUGGACCAGACCCUACUAGACCUGAACGAGAUGUAAUGGAUCCCUGCUACUGCCUCCGCCACAUGCCUGGGAGGGCCAGCCCAGCUGCUGCUGACCUCUAACCCUUGGGGACCAGAGUUUACUUUCUGUUGCCAACUUGACCAAACACAAAUCUUGUCCUUCGCCUCAGGGUUAAAGGCCAUCAGGUUGGGCAGAGCUUCAAACAGCAUUAUUAAGGGAAAUAAACAAUGCAAUAAUGUUUGGGGAGCAUGUUUGAGAUGUAUACAUUUUGUAACUACCUUUUUUUGUAGCAACCAUUGUAAACAUUCCAAAUAACUUGUGAGAGGCUGGUGAGCUAUACUUCAAAGCUCUUGGCUUUAAAAUUGGGUAUUAACCUUCUGUUAAUCAGCUCUGGACCACCCUGCUUUGGCAGGGGAGGAAGGAGGGUGUGACAGUUCUGGCUGUGGCCACUGAAUCAAAGUAGCUGGGCUAGGGAUGAAAGCCUGUUGGGAAGUCUUCCUUUCCAGGAGUUGUUUGCCAAAAGAGCAGUUCAGUUUCUCAGCUUUAAGAUAACUCUGUGUUGUGGAGAAGCAACUUGGGUGAAAGGAGACUUUUUUUUUUUUUUUAAAGCCAAGCCUGUUAUCUGAACAAUUGAUCCUUCGCAGGGGUUGUUUCCCUUCCCUGCCCUCACCCCGCGCCCCCCCCCCCCCCCGCCACUGUUGGCCACUCCCUUUCCUGGUAGGCUUAGAGAAGCCAUGGCCCCUCUAGCCCAUCGCUACACAGGGGUUGAAUUUGCCUUCACUAAGUGCUGAUGCACCAAGCUUUAUCGCUCAUUGUCGGGUUACACUUAACAGCUUAAGUACAACAGCCUUGCUUUCUUGGAGAAGUUUUUUUUGCCUACCCUGAAGGAGGGAACCGAGGCCUUCCCUCCUGGCCAGGAGUGCUCUUAGUGUCUUAAUAAGGUACAAGCCAUCUUGCUGUGCAUUGCUGAUGUGUAGUUGUUGUGAGGCGUGAGUGUGGAGAUGGGUCAAGCUCGCGGUGUGUAGCUUGUGGUUUGAGCAUGCUGCUUGGUUGUAGCAGUUCUAGGGGCCAAUCUGGAGAAAAGGAACCCUAUCAAAGUGUUUUGAUACUAAAUUGAAAAAUUGUCUUACUGUCUUUUGAAAUAAAAACCAGUCCCUCCA